AUGGUUCAACUAACUCUAUGGAAUUUAUGGAGAUUGAUCGAGAUGGAUAGCCUGCACGUGACCAGCACCCCAUCUGCAUCUGCGGUCGUCGGCAGUCACGUGAUCGGCAUGGCGGGGAACAGCAAGACUUCCAGCAGAAGCGCCUCGCCUUGCAGACCAAGGCUGGCCGAAGCUCAGCAACAAGUGUCGCCGGCACCGGCAGCUACGACAUACCAUGGACCGCAUCACGUGAAGACGCUCAGUCAUGGAUCGGUUGACAGCGCCAAGUCACAAGAUGCAGGUCAGAGGCAGGCAAAACACAGAUCACCCACGACAAGUCUGAAUAGAACCACAGAUCUAGAUGACUCAAAUCAGAUUGUGUACAUGGACGAGAGUGGCAACCUGACAGAACUUGACGUUUCGGAUGUAUAUUGUCCAGGCUCUUUCAUCUCGAACGGCAGCUCUGAUGCCCGACAGGACGAUGAAACGGAUUGCACGGACCCAAAGACGAACGCCAUUUUGGAACAUUUAGGCAACAAGAUAGUCAGGGUUAGGGAUCUCAUCAGGACUGAACAGAAAUUAAGGGAUGACAAUGUGAACGAAUACCUGAAGCUGGCCGCAAACGCAGACAAGCAACAAGUGCAACGGAUCAAAGCUGUAUUCGAGAAGAAAAAUCAGAAGAGUGCUCAGGUUAUCGCGCAAUUGCAGAAAAAACUGGAUGCGUAUCAGAAAAAAGUCCACGAACUGGAGAAACACGGCGCCAUUCAGAGUCACAGACCGCCUAGGGAGGUACUCAGGGAUAUGGGACAGGGACUGAAAAAUGUGGGGGGCAACAUCAGGGACGGAAUCAGUUAUGUUGGAGGUUCGGUGAUGUCCAAACCAAGAGAGUUCGCACAUUUAAUCAAAAACAAGUUCGGCAGCGCUGACAACAUCAGUCAGCUAUCAAGUGGUGGAUUCGUAUCUUUUCAGAUACCGAUUAUACGUAACUAUAUUUCGUCAAGGCCGACCGGACCUGGAGGAACGCCCGGCGGUGCGCCAGGAGGCGGCGCUUCGGGGACGGCGGCCGGCAGCGGAAGCGCCGGAGGCAGCGAUCAGGGCGACAAGCAUCAGACGAGCUCGGCGGGACACAGGGAGGGACGACCGCACAGAAGACAUCACGGCGGCUCAGCGACUCUUCCCGCCGCGGCAAGCCAGGCGAGCAUGAUGGCGGCGGCGGCGGUAGCCGCAGCGGCAGGGGGCGGGCCCCAGGGGCCGGGAGCAGUACAACAGAAAUUCAGCGACGAUGGCAGCGAGUGCAGCAGCGUCACUUCGGACAGUAUAGGCAGGUACGGCAGAUCGCACGAGAGCCAUCAAGACGCAUACUUAGAUUUACAUAAGAAAACUAGGAUAAUUCAAGAUCAAGUAGACGGCUUAAGAGAGAAUUUUGAUAUUGUUAAAACUUUACAAACCGAAAUACAUGACCUCAACGUAGCUUUACAGGAAGAGAGAUUUAGGAGUGAACGGUUGGAAGAACAAAUAAACGACCUGACUGAGUUGCAUCAAAACGAGGUUGAAAAUCUCAAACAAGCGAUGGCGGACAUGGAGGAAAAAGUUCAGUACCAGAGCGAGGAGCGACUGAGAGACAUCCACGAAAUGUUGGAGCAUUGUCAAACGAAAAUCCAGAAAAUGGAACACCAGGCCCUCCAGCAGCAACAGUACGUCACCCUGGAAGGCUUGGACAAUUCGAACGCGCGCGCCCUGGUGGUGAAGUUGAUAAACGUUCUCCUGACAGUUCUCCAAGUGGUUUUGUUGCUUGUGGCCACCGGAGCGGGGAUCAUCAUGCCGUUCCUUAGGACAAGAUUACGGAUCCUCUCCACAGUGAUAAUAGUGAUAGGCGUAGCCUUCGUGCUUCGACAAUGGCCGGAGGUUCAAGACAUCGGAUCCCACAUGAUGCGCAGGCUCAAAGACACCUUGGACCCCGUUCAAUAGCGAAUAGCCCACUUUUGGGCUCGGGAUAAACUCUCCGAUUAGCGUUUUUACCGCUAGAGCCGAAACCCUCUGGCCAGCCUGUGGGCUCGGACGAACUCUCUGGUUAGUGUUUUCGCCGCUAGAGGACAGGACAUCGACAUCUAUAUGAUUCGUCGACUGACGGACACUCUCUAGUUAGUGAUGUUGCCGGUAGGUGGCAGGACGGUCCCCUCUGUGAAUUGUCAACAGAGAGAGAUGACACUUUCCUGCUUUCAGUCACACUAUUUUUACAUAGUCGAUGCGUUUAUUUUUUGAACAAAGUCACAAUAUAUACAGACAGAUAAUGAAACGUCGAUUGGUUUUGUAGCGCGCAGGACGUAUCUUUGCUCAUUCUUGUUCACAUCGGUACCUAAAUAUUUAAUUUGCCAUAUUAAACUAGCAGACAUUGCAUCAUAUUCGUUGUUAGGGCGUGCCGCAAGUUCCGCUAACACGACCGUUCAGUUUUUCUUCAUAUUUUUACAUUUUCAAAACUUGACGCCAUAAAUGCAUAAAUAACUACAAGUGCCUUUGGAUCUAACUUUUAAAUGAAAUUUCGGCAACUAUACUACAACUAUUUAAAACUGUAAUGACUCAUACGCGUGAUCAACACGUGAUCAGAGCUCGAUCCCGGCUUCCUUCUAGCACAGCCGUAUAGCGUACGACAUACGUCGUUUCUGUGGCUUUGCGGUGGUCAACAGCGCAGACAGAGAUGGAAAUAAUGGCU